AUUUAUUUUCCAUGAAAGAGCGAGCAUUAAAUAUCACAUAUUAAAUUUCCUCAUAGAGUAACGCUGGCAAAAGUACGCUAGUCUACUUUGGUGUAAAAUAUAAUCUACUUUCAUUAUUGUAAAAUUAUAGAUUCUUAGCAGAACCUUUUGAAGAAAAUUAAUCAUUAUGUCGAGAUCAAACAUUAGUUCACGAUCUUCUGAUAGUUCAAAUUUUAAAUUUGGUUCUGCUUGGUUUCAGAAGAAAAUUAAUAUUCGGCCAGUUCUAAGAGGUUGCCAUUUAAUUACAGAUGAAAUCUUGAAACAGGUUCCAGAGAUCACGAAGUUUGCUAUUGGUCUACUGCAUAUUGAAAUCAUGCAUACCUCAGCUAGUUUGGCUCUUAAUGAGAAUUGGGAUCCUGAUGUGAGAGAAGAUAUGGAAUCUUUCUUAACUGAACUCGUUCCAGAGAGUACUCCAUUCAGACACUCAUGUGAAGGGCCAGAUGAUAUGCCUGCCCAUAUUAAGUCUUGCUUCCUUGGAUCUCAUCUAACUAUACCAAUAACUGAUGGUGUCUUGAAUUUGGGGAGUUGGCAAGGAGUUUGGCUUUGUGAACACAGAAAUCGUGCAGGCUCUCGAAAAAUGAUGGUAACAAUCAAUGGUGCAUUAAAAGACUGAUUUUUGAGAUUUCAUUCUGCAUGAAAAUUUCAAUUAAUUGCUCUAUUUGAAACACUAUCUACAUCAUGCUUUUCUCACCUGCAGUAUUUUCUUCACAUGCUGCACUUCUCUUCAUUGUUAUAAAACUUUUCUUUUUUAAAAAAAAUCUGAUUACUCUCAACAUGCUGUCCAAUUCUUAGCUGAUAUUUUUUAAAAAAUAGUUUUCAAUUUAGUGUAUUAUAGAUGUAAAUCAAUAUGUGCAUAAAAAUAUUUUUAGGAAUUACUUGAAGCAUAAUCAACAAAUGUAACAUAAAAUUGUGAAAAAAUAUAAUUUAAUUUUCUUGUUAAUAUUCAUAAAUAAUUUCAAAUCUGAUAAAUAUAACUUUUUCCUGAUGUUUAAAAAUUAAAGUUAUUUAUUCUAUUAUGAGAAAAAUAUUAUUUGAUAAGAAAGUAAACAUUUCUAUUUAAUUUACUUUUUGAAUAAAUUAGAUAUUUAAGCAUUUUUGGUGGGUGCUUUAUAUUUUUGAAGCUCAUAUUUUGACCUCUUCAUAUAUUUUGCAAAUCAAAAUUUUGUAUUUUAGAGGUAUUAGGUUUCUGGAACUGUGAUUAUGUUUCUUGUAAUACCUUAUGUAGAAAUUAUCAACAUGUAGCUAUUUAUAAGUCUUAAAUAGAAAAUGUAGUCUUAAGAUUAAAAAGAAUGGCAUUUUAAUGCAAUUGUAGAAACUAGUUUUCAUUUUAUUAUUGUGAAAUUUUUUUAAGAUAAAAAAGUCCUUCCACAUACAAAUUGCUGCUUUAAAUAAUGAAGAGUUGAAUUUUCAAAGUUUUUGAAGUUUUGACCCUGUUAUCUUAAUGAUAAGAAAUAAGUUGCCUUUAUUGAUCAGUAUUAAAAAAAAAUUGUGCCAAAAUAAACUAGGUCAUGGGAUGUUGGUUUAAAAAUAAAUGAUAUUCAUUUAGCAUGAGAGCUUAUUUUCUUCACUGUUACAAAUAUCGUUUAAAAUAUUAUUUCUUGCGACAUUGCUUUGUUUUAGAAUUAAAUAUAUUAUAAUACUACUAUUUUUUUAUUAAUUGAACAAAUUCUACAUUUUUGGUAUAAAAGUAGAAAUUAAUUUGCUGUGAAAACAUAAAUACGUUGAGAUAAAUAUGGAUUUGUAGUACAAAUUAUAUUAUUUUUUUCUCUUGAUGGAUGAAAUACCAAAAAUAAUAAAAAUAAUUGUAGAUUAGAAUUAUAAUAGAUUAAUUUUUUUUUACAUAUUUGUAGCCUUUUAUCUAUUAAACUUACAAAAAUUGCAAAUUCUAAAAUAUUAGGAUAAUAUCAAUAUUUUUUCAAAUAUAAUGACUUAAAUUGUAAUGUAAUAAGAUUUAUAUAAUCCCCACCUUAUGAGGAAUAAUAAUUAAGCAUAUUGGUAAAAAACAAAGUCUAAAUAUUUCAUUAACAUGUUGGAAAAGUUUAAAAUGUGUUAUUAAAAUGUUGUAUUAAAAGCAGAAUCGCAUAAUGUGCGUUGCUUCAUGCCUUUGAUCUUUGUAAAGUUGUCUGUUCUUAUUACAGCUCUUUUUGAUUGAAAGAGCUGUAAUAAGAUCUUUCAAACGUUUGAAAUCUAUUUCUUUUGGCAAUUCAACAGAUUUUAGUAAAUAUUGCUUCUGUAAAAACAUAAGUUUCCUGAGUGAUAUUUAGUUGCGUUUGUAAUUUAGAGAAAUGCAGAAUAUCACAAUAGAUGUUUGUACUAUUUCAAUAUGUGAAGAAUUAAUUAUAAGUAUAUUUUUUAUAAUUAAAAUUAAUACAGAAUCUUUUCAGAUUGCAGAAGUAAACAGAGUGUUUAUUCAGGCACUGUUGGUAAAACUGACUAAUAGAAUUUCUAAGUUUAUCAGUUGGGGUUUGGGUGUAUUCUUAUUGAGUUGUCCUUAGUUAUUGACUGCAGUUAUCUAGGACCGUAAACAUUGUUUUAUGUAUUCUUGUAAAAAGAAAUCCAAGCUGAUGCAAUCCAUUGAACUUGGUAAAAAUUCAUUAUUACUUCUUAACAUUAAAUAUGAUUUUGCCAAAAUUUUUACUAAUUAGAUUUAGAUUAAUUAUUGAACUAAUUCUUAUAUUUAUUUACUUAAUAAGUAGACUAGAUUUUUUAAAGAUAUUCAUUUAAUUCAUAACUUAAAUUAGUUAAUGCUUUGAUAUUGAUAGUAAUUAAUAUAUUAACUAAUUUGAAUUAUGAAACUGAUGUAUUUAUUAAUUAUUUAUGUUAUAAUAAUUCAAAGUAUUUCUGUACUUUUUUGAGAGUGUGUGAUUAAAAUUCUUGAAAGUCAAAAGAAUUUUAUGUAAAUCUUGAAUCCAGCAACUUUUUCUUUGUGAUAGUUGAUGACUAAACUUGAUGUUUAACUUUUAUGAUAAGAAUUGUUCUCUCAUAUUAGGUUAAAAUGUUUGACUGACCGUAUAAAGUUGUUUUAGCAUUGAAAAAAAUUUUCAUUCAUUUUUCAAAACUGGAAUAAGCAACAGAAUAUUUUCAUAACAAAAAUGAUCGGAUGUAGGACAAAAAAAAAUAAAAGUUUUACUUUUAGAUAAAAAUGUUUUUUUUUAAUUCAAAAUAAAAACCCUUAUUUUUCAAAGAAAAUGGAUAUAUUUGAAAUGUCAAAUUAAUGUUUAAAAAGUUUUAUGAAAAAAUUUUGCAGAAAUUCUCAAAAUUCAUUAAUUGACUAGUUUAAAUACUAAAAUGACUUAAAUUAUAUUUGAAAUAUUAUUUUUUUGUGGUAAGAGAUUAUUUUCAUAUUUAACUUCUUCCAACUUCUUCUAUGAUUAAGAUUUAAUGGGUCAGAACACUUUAUGUAUGGGAAAUUUUCCCUUUAGAAUAAGCUUAGUCAAUUAUUUUGCUUGGAAUGAUCUAAAGAUAUUGUAUAUUUAUGUAAAUAACAUUGUAUAUAUAUUAUAUGAAUUAUAGCCUGUUGAUUCACCUCCUCUUUGUUAUGCAUUAUAUGCCUUACAGUGUUACUGGUGAUUAGCUUAUAUAAAUUACAUUUUAGAGAGUUUUUUUCUUCUCUUAAACAGUUUCAUUUAAUUAAAAGAUAAACAAGGAAAAAAUUUGCACAUAUAAAUUUCAAAAAGUAAUUACUGCUGUCUUUUUUUUACCAUUAACAAAGACAUAUUUUAUGCACAUAUUAAAUUGUAACAUGAAAUAUCUUAAUAAAAUUUCAUGGUUCAUUAAAGAAAAAGUCAGUGUCAUUUUUAUUUUUAGUUUUUCAGGUAUUAUUUGCUUUAAAUUAGUUCUAUAAUCUUUGAGAAAAUAUUUAUUGUUCUAAAAUUUCUCAAUACAACAGAGGAGAGUGUUGCACCUUUCACCAAUUUUCAAUAUUUACUCAUAUUGGCUUUGUUUAUAAAUUAAUUAUUCUGUUAUGAAUGCUGACCUUGACUCUGCUUGUUAUUGCAUUUAUUACAUGUUUUAAAAUGCUGACAUUUUAAUAUUUUUAAUUAUUUUUAACUUUUACACUUUACUCGAUUACACACCACUCGAUACCACUGUUCAGUGGUACAACGUGGAAACAAUUAUCAACAAAUGACUUUUGAUCACUUACAUCAAUAAAAUAAUUGUAUAAUUCGUUCUUCUUAAUAAAGUUCAUUCCUUUUAAAAUAUAUUAAUUAUUUUACUGUUUAAUGAACGAGAAAGUCUUUAGACAACUCUGUUUGAAAACUCUAUUUUCAGAACAGAAACUUAACAGUAGGUCCAUCGCAUCUGUUCCUUUGUAUUUUAUUAUUAAUUCAUGAUGGAUAUUACUUCUGCAUGUACAAAAAGAAAGUAGUGCAAUCAUCAGAAAUUUCGAACUCCAGAUAUUGAUGAAUGUCCAAAUUACAGAUCUUUUUGAAUCUAAAAAAGUACUUAGCAUUAAUUAAGAUUUUGUAUAUCAGAUUUUAGAUUGAAAUGCCUGUUAAAAUUCACUAACAUUUAAAUUCAUCAUUCUUUCAAGAGUAAAUUUUCUACCCAUGGAAGUAUGAGAAGAAUUUACUUCGGAUAUUUAAACAUAUUUACUUGCCUAUCAUUAUUAGCUAAAUUUUCUGCUAAUAUAGUUCAUAAUUCAAGCCACUAAAUGUUCCUUUGUCUUCUGGAGUAGUAUGACGGAAAGGAUGAGACACUCAGUGGAAUAAGGAGAGGGGCAAAUGUUAAUUGUGGCAUCCUUUAUUCAGUGCUGGGAUCGCUGCUCUCAGAUGUGGGAUUAUUCUUUUUUUCAGAUUCUUAUUGUUCUGUGAUAAUACAUAGAACAUUUAUAAUCUCUUACUUCACUCAAUGUCUUAUGUCACUCUAUCAGUUGCUGGACUAUCUAAUAUUUAAAAUCAUGAAUUAUGUUAUCAACAAAUUCUGGUUUGACGAUUAAAAAAUCUGAUUUCAUUUCCAUACUUUUUUUGCAAAUGACAUCUUUUUAUCUUAGUUUCCAGAUUAAUACUGAUACAGUUCAAAUUGCUUUUAAUUUCUGACACUGUGUAUUAGAGAAAGUAUGUCAUACCAUUCAUGAAAAAUAUAAAAAGCAGCCUAUAAAAAUGAUAUGCAUGAUUGUUAACUAUUCUUCUUGAAUGUUUAAAAUUUAUGUUUUAAGCUUUGAAAUUCAAACUCUUAUGGUAUUCAUAAAUGCACUUCUGAACUUUUUUUAUUGAAGUAUUAAAAAAACAUUUCUGUAGUUCUUGCAUUAUCUUUUCUACGCGCACUGCUUUUCUUUCUUUUUUUUUAAUAUGUAUAUUUUGAUUUUCAAUGAAAGUAUUUUUGUGAAAAUAUCUUUGAUACAUUUUUUCUUUAAAUAUAUUUACUUAGCCUUAAAAUCGUAAAAAAUGGCACUUAAUAAUAUAUGCAUUAAAAAUAAAGUUAUGUACAUUCAUUAUUUUUGUUGUUGACUGUUUUUCUUUAAAAUUAAUGUGCAUUGGAACUAUCUUGAUAAAAAUUAUUGUACAUGUGCAGAAUAAUAUGAAGUAUUUACUAUUGUUACACUUCACUUGCGUACUGCCUUCAGUUAUUUAGUAAAUAUGUGAAUUUCUCAGAUAAAUGCUUAUUAAUGCAGUUUUUAAAGGCAAAAAAAAAAAAAAAUCUCUCUAUUGUACAAUUUGAGAA